UCCUUAGAGACACCGUUGAAGAGGAUUUGGAAAUGUGGUACGAAUCGUGUUUACCGAUAAUAGACAUCAUCGCAAUUUCUAUGCUACAGUUUUGUUUUCGAAACAAUGAAAAGAAAGACAUUGAGAGCAUUGUUUGCAGGAGAUGCAAGAGAAUUGAUGAGUUGUAUACGAGACUGAGUUCAAAGAGGAAGUUAAAGAAGACUCAACCAUGUAAUUUCUCUGGAUUAAAAUGUGUAGCCUUAUUUGCCGGGGCUCUUUCCUCUAGCUUUCACUUAAGUAGACAUUCUCGUGUCAUUUUCGAAAGAUGGGAGGACGCUUUUUACUCAAAAGAACAUGCUGAACACCUACUACAUAUAGAAAAUCAGUCCUUUAAUGAACAAUUCAUGGUAUUGUUCGCUUUUCUCCUAAAGCUGAGGAGCAAUGCUUCGGUUCAUGAUCAGUUCUCAAGGUUUGUAAAACAGUUGUUUCUCCAGAGGAAACCCGAUAAGAAGUGGUCAGAGGUACAGCACCAUGUCUUGGCCGAGAUUACCUUACGUGGAAUCGGUGCUUUUCUUUGUCAUUGUAAGUAG